AUGGACGACGAACACCUGAACGCGGUAUUUCGCUUCAAGCACAAGGCGCGUAGUGAUCGUCAGGACGCGGCGUUGAGCUGGACUUUGAUGGAGCGCUUCGAUACUUUCGUGAACACUCUCGAGGCGACCGAGCUUGGCAACCUCAGCUGUGGUCGCUUGGACCCGCUCGCGGACGAUCGAGUCGUCCCUGCUGCGGCCUUUAGCGUUCAUGAGCUUGAAGUGCUGAAGGAAGAGCACACAGGCGGCCGACCUCGUGACACUUGCUGGGCGCUUGUCAAGGCCGCGAUCGAGAGGAACCUGUGCUGUGGGAGGGGGUUAUUUCGCAAGACUUUGACGUUGUUCAAGCUGAGUUUGAUCCAGUCCGAGAUUGCCAGAGCUGAAGAUGUCUUCUCUACGGACUCGAUCGAUCUCAAGCGUGGCUGCGACUUGGUGGACGACUUGUUCUUCAUGCUGCAAGUCGUUGUUCAGCACGUCAUCGAGCUGUUGGGAGACGGCUACGAUGUCGCGUCACUUCAAGAGCAGUGCGCUGACUCGAGAGCUAGCAUUGAUGGGUUUGUGGGCGCCUUAAACCUCCAGACGGCUAAGCAGUAUGUGCUGCCGGAGUUUACCGCCUUGCAGCAGCUCAACGGAUUGAGCUGUGGUGUCGAGAUUUUGUCGCCGAAACGUGAUAACGAGUCAAGCAGCAGCGAAAGUAUCGAGGACCGUCGACGCCGUGCACUGGUGAACCUGAAGCCAUGCCAAUUCGUUGGCGGAGCUUCCUGCAGUCUCGAGAAUUUGCUCCUCUGGGUGAGAUCCGACAACGCCGCUCCCCAGUCGUACAAGCGCAUUUUGACGCUUCGCACAAUCGAGGCGUUCCUGUUUGCGAGGUCGCCUGCAUUGGUCGACGGCGGGAAUGUUCAACAAGCAGAGGAUGGCGACGAGCUCUUCGUAGCGAACAUGCAGUCGCUCGUCACUCACUACCAGAAAAUCGCAGAUGAGUGGCGCCAAUAUCCCCAGCGGACGUCCGUUCUGAGCGCGGAGCAGCGCAGUCGCCAACUGUUGAUGUGGAUCGCGUUCUGCCUCGUUCACCAGAAAUGUCUGCACGAAUUCCCGCUGUGCUCCGAGUAUAACAUCGCUUUGGAAUGGAAGGACCUGAAGGUCGCUGUCCUGAGCGAUCGGGCAGCGGUGGAAGCUCUUCAGCGUGUGGCGCAGUACGUUCGUGGGUGGAAUUUAAAGACUGGAGGGGCUCGGCUGUUCCAUUUGACGGACCAAGAGCCUACCUUUUCCUUUGCGUGGAAGUUUGCCGAAGGUAAUCCCAGCAUGGAAGAGCGCUACAAUCAGGAAGUCGAGGCGUGGAAGGCGCAUGUGCAGAGUGAGUGGAGUGAAAUCGAGGCGAAGAAGGAAAGGGCGGACAACCUCCGCGCCGAUAAGACGCGUCUGAACGAGGACCUACGCUCGCACCACAACGAUCUAGCGCUUGAAGAGGGUCGGCUUCUGUUGGCGUACCCAAGUUCGCUACCGACAGAGCCCUCUCAAGUCGCAACUGCAAGGUGA